AUGGAUAAGGCAAAGCGAGUAGUGAGUGAAUUCCUUCAUAAUGACGGAAAUCACAAAACAACCGUGGACCAAAACGUCAGAGGUGCUGUCACCAACGAGCACAUUCUUCCAGAAAAACAUGAGCACGUCACGACCGCUGUCGACAAAGAUGUUCACCAAGAACAUCACCAAACUCGCAUCCAGCCUGUGAAGGACAAAGAAGUUCUCCCCGAGAAGCACUCGCACAAUGCUCUACCUGUAGAGGAGAGAACUGUCCAACAUGGCAACCCUGACGAGCUGCACCGGACCCUCGAGAGAGAUGCUGCCAAGUUCAAGGAUACAUCGACUACACACGAUACCAGACAUUCUACCACCACCAACCCGACCAUGGCGGGAGAACGCGUUCAUCAUCAUGUCCACGAACACAUUCAGCCAGUCAUCGAGAAAGAAACCGUCCAGCCCCACGUUGUUCACACUACUGCCCCUGUCCACGAGGUCCACCACGCUGCGCCCGUUCAUCAUGAGACGACAACACUCCCCACAAAGACAUUGGAUGAAUUUACACAAGGCGUAGGUCAGUCUGGACUGGGAGCCAAGGGUACCAAUGUCCUUCGAGAGUACGAAGGUUGCCCGCAACCUCACAAAGACACUCCCGGGGCUCAUCGCCUCAUUCACGGAGAAGGAGGGGUUGGAGCCAGCUCUGGGAAGUACGGUGAGAAUCUCACUGACAACGGUGCUGGAUCAAAGACCCUGCAUGGGGGAUAUGGUGAGAACCUACCAGCUUCGACUGGACAUGAGGCAUACGAGAGCAAACGCAACAACGCGUCUAUGAACGCCGAUGCCCCUCGGACCACUCAGGGAUCAUCGGGAUUCAAUAGGACCAAUCCUAACACCGGCAGCGCUUUUGAGGAAAACUUCUCUAGCAAACAGAAUGCAUCACUUGGUAAUACUACUCCUCCAAAGAAAAGUCAACCAUCCGUCAAGGACGUUCUCCACCCACGCAGAGAUGCCGAUGGCGAUGGGAAGGCCGGAAUUUUUGAUUAG